AGGGCUUGUUGUUAGGGUGAACUGGGGACUAGAAAUGGGAUGCGGGCGGGAGGAAAGUAGUGUAGGUGCAGGUGGCAGUCAUAAGUGUCCCAUAAGUCUGAAUGUCUGAAUGUCUGAACUGUGUAGAUUUAAGGAGCAUUAAAGAGGCAAAAUAAUAGCAAGUGCUUGUGUAAUGCUUAGCGUGGGCCAGGCACUGUUCUAGAUGCUUGUUUCAUUUAAUCCUGACAGCAACCUUAUGAGGUUUGAAUGAGAAGAGAAGACAUGUGGCCUGAGCUUGAGAGAAACAAGUGGUAAAAGAGGGUUGUUUUUAGAGUGCGUGAGGUUUGAGUAUGUUUAUAGGCAACCAGGAAGGACUCAGGAGACAGCAAGAGGUUGGUGGUACAGGGCAGAGAGGAAGGGAUAAUUAGUGGAGUUUUCUGAAGAAUCUGGAAGAAUGGGAUCCAGGGCUCCAGUGGGAGACAUGGCUGUGAACAAGGGAGACACCCGCUCCUUUGAGAGAAUAUGAAACCAAAUCAGAUAUCAAGGAGUUUGUUCCAAAGCAGGAAGUAUCAGAAGAAACAGAGAUACACUGAGCCACCUCCAGAGCACUCUGGAAUAAUGAUUCCCAAGAAUGCAAGAUUGGAGCAUUCAAAAAUUGGGAAGACAGUUUGAAUAUUCAUCAGAGAGAUCCAGGGAGAUACUGAGGACGAGGACUAGAAAUAUAAGGCCAGCAGAAAUCAAGGAUGUAAAAAUCUCCCUAGAGAAGGAAAGCCAGAAAGGUAAAGAAUUUGAUAACUUCUUUAAUCUAAGCUCAAAAAGUAUUUCACAUUCGAGAAUUCACAGGGAGAAGAACAAGGGGCCAGUUUCAGAAGUCAAAAUACAAGUCACAACUUACGAAAGGCUUCAGAGUGUAGCCCCUCCGGCAGCCAGGUUUAGAGAAGCCCUAGCGGGGAAGGGAAGUGCAAAGAGGCAUCAGGGAAGCCAGGCAGGACCCAGAGCAAGGAGAAGGAAGAGAGUUUCCACAGGUGUUGCCUUCAGAGACAGGAGUGCCCUUGACAAGGAAAGAGGGCAACAAAACUACCCAGGAGAGAAACCCUUUAUCUGUAAGGAGUGUGGAAAAGCCUUUGGUCAGAGUGCAAGCCUUAUCGUGCACCAAAGAAUUCACACAGGGGAGAAACCUUUCCUAUGUAAUGAAUGCGGAAAAGGUUUCAGACAGAGAUCACACCUCAUACAACAUCAGAGGAUCCAUACUGGUGAGAAACCCUAUGAAUGCCAGGAAUGUGGGAAGACCUUCAGCCAGAGCUCAAAUCUCAUAGUUCAUCAGGGCAUCCACACUGGAGAGAAAUCUUUUGAAUGUGGUGAGUGUGGGAAAGCCUUCAGCUGGAGUUCAGGCCUCACUGUCCAUCAGAGGAUCCACACGGGGGAGAAGCCAUUUGAGUGUAAUGAAUGCGGCAAAGCUUUCAGUUGUAGUUCAUACCUUAUUGUGCAUCAGAGAAUUCACACAGGGGAGAAACCCUAUCAGUGUAAUGAGUGUGAAAGAGCCUUUGGCCAGAGCUCCCAUCUUAUUCUCCAUCAGACAACUCAUGCCCAGAAGAAACCUCAGCUGGCUACUUGGAUUAGGGCCCACUGUUAAUGGGGCAGAGUUGAAUGGUCAUGUUAUAUGCUUGCCUUCAGCCAGGCCAGCAUCUCAUAAAUACUAGGAAGUAUGUGAGAGGUCAUGGACUGUUCAUUGCUGGAAAUCUGGGUCCACAAACUCACUCUGCUUGUAUGGUGUUUUAUUCACUUGCCUUGUUUUUGUACGUGUGCCUCCAGUCAGAUUUGGAGUUCCAAGAGGUAGAUGCCAGGUCCUGUCUUCCACUUUGAUUGACAGGAAACUGAGGAGCUCUUCAUUUCUACAAAGUUGAUUAAAUUUUAAUUCAUUGAGAACUUCCUCUUAUCAAGAAACUCUUAAUCUGAUAAUCUUGCAAGAUCUCACCUGCUUUGAAGAUUUGUAAUUUUUCCAAUGUAACUCCAGCACAUUAAAGCUUACUUACUUUUCAUUGUUAUUUCAAAGCUUUAAUGUGCUAGAGUUGGGAAGCUUAGAAGGCCCACUGUGAGCAGUACUAAAAUUUAGAAUGUCACAUCCUCAUUCAAAUGUAGGCUGCCUUUAGGAAUGACCAAAACAGCGAAGGAUACAUAGGAUGAUAGAAUCAUGAAUCAAAGGAACCCUACCAGACCAGAACUGCAGACCAAAGUUAACAAGAUGAAGUAUUAAACCCUGUCCAUAGGGCUAAGGAGUCUGAGCCUCUCAGAACAGAAGUGUUCUGUCAGAAACACUGCAAUCUUUCACCAUUAGACAUGCUAGAGGGGUGUCUUUAAAAAUAUCCUUCUCUCUCAUCUUCAGUUGCUAGCUGCUCAGGGAUGAGAUCCUAGUCUUAGGGCCUGUUCUCUUCUCUCUAGACCAUAGAGCUUGACUUUUCCUUACAAGGAAAUAAAACAGAUCAUGUGUGUGUAUAAAAUUAAAAAGUAAUAUCCUAAUCAUCUGCCACUUACACAAAAAGAAAUUUAUUACCUUUAGACUAAAGGAAAAAUAUAAUAGGAAUGCAAUAUGUCUCAGUAUGUGCAGUCAUGUGCCACAUAAUUAUGUUUUGGUCAACAACAGACCACAUAUUUGAUGGUAGUCUCAUAAGGUAAUGGAGCUGAGAAAUUCCUAUGGCCUAGUGACUCUGCAGCUGUCAUAAUGUGGUAGCACAAUGCAUUACUCACAUGUUUGUGGUGAUGCUGGUGUAAAGCUGACCAUGUUGCCAGUUAUGUAAAAGGAUAGCACAUGCAGUUAUGUACAGUGCAUAAUACUUGAUAAAUAAAUGACUGUGUUACUGGU